ACCUUGAUAAAUACUGAUGGCAACUUUGUCGGGACAAGUUGCUUACGUGGCGGGACUUGGUAGGACCGGAAACGUGUUCACUACUUUAUUCCCUAACUGACAAAAAUAUCCCCGACAACUACGUAGUAGACUCCAACGAACCAUAAAUAUAAAAGUCAUAUCACCAUUAACUGCAAAGAAACCGUUAGAAAAGACAGAAUAAAAAAAAAAAAUCAAAGAACGUUGGUGAUCCACAGAAACAGAAGAAAAGAGGGAGAGAAAUUCAAAGUUUUUUCUUUUAAAAAUUUUUGAUUUAUUUUUGAAAGAUGAUAGAAUGGAUAAAGCAGCUCAAAACGGCAUUUGGAUUGGCGUUUUUGUGGCUUGUUUGUCUAAUUUACUUCACCCAGGGUUUCAGAUCAUUUGUAUGGACAGCAGUUUCCUACCAGAUGAAGGAUAGGCUUAAGUUGUCACCCUCAGCUUCCCAAUUUGUGUUUUCAAUAGCAUUUUUCCCGUGGAGCAUAAAGCCUAUAUAUGGGAUUUUGUCUGACUGCAUUCCCAUUAAAGGGAAAAAAAGGAUUCCGUACUUGGUGAUUGCCACUGUGAUGUCUCUUGUGCCAUGGCUUAUUCUGGGCGUAAAUGAAACCUCAAGGAGUUCCAUGUGGCACCUCAUAAUCCUAUUAACGGUACAAAACCUGGGAUCCGCAAUGGCAGAUGUUGUGAUUGAUGCAAUGAUCGCUGAGGCUGUAAGAUGUGAGAAGGCCUUAUUUGCUGGAGACCUUCAGUCAAUAUCAUGGUUAGCAAUGGCUUUUGGUGGAGUAUGUGGGAGUUUGCUAGGAGGAUAUGCAUUAGCCAACCUAGAGAUAGAUAUUAUUUUUCUUCUUUUCUCUGCACUUCCAGCCGUACAGUUAUUUUCUUGUGGUUUGGUUCAAGAGAAUCCUAUCGGUGGUGAACUUUUGUCUGAAUUCUCUAAUUUGAGUGAUUCCCAUCUUUUGAACGGGAAGACUAACAAUUUGGACGAAGACAGUUCUUUGGAAAAGAAAUCCAACUUUGGUGCCAGAAAAAGAAAGAAGAGCAAAAAGAAAAGCAAAAAGACACAAUUUAUGCCCAGAAAAGUAGAGACGCAGAGUCCUGGGAAGGGCAAGUCCCUGGCAUUACAGUGGUUCCUGUCUCUGAAAGAUGCCACUUACAGUUUGUGCUGUGCUUUUAAACAGCCAAUCAUUUUGAGAUCAAUGGCUUGGUUUUUCUUAGCACACGUCACUGUUCCAAACCUUUCGACUGUCAUGUUCUACUACCAGACAGAGUUCUUGAAGUUGGAAGCAUCUUUUUUGGGGACUGCACGAGUUGUUGGAUGGUUAGGCCUCAUGAUAGGGACAUUUACUUAUAAUCAGUACUUGAAGAAAAUGAAGUUGCGCAGAAUUCUCAUGUUGGCUCAUAUUGGUUUGGCUUUCUUGAAUCUCUUUGAUAUUGUUUUGGUGUCUCAAACCAAUGUUGCCUUUGGAGUAUCAGACAAGAACUUGGUGCUUUGUGGAUCUGCACUCUCUGAUGCCAUUAACCAACUCAAGUUCAUGCCAUUCUUGAUCUUGUCUGGACAGCUAUGCCCACCAGGAAUCGAGGGAACUCUAUUUGCUCUCUUCAUGUCAAUAAACAACUUUGGGUCCACCGUAGGAUCAUUUGCAGGUGCUGGAUUGGCAUCAAUCUUGAACAUCUCUUCAGGAUCUUUUGACAACCUUCUUUUAGGCAUCACUAUUCAACUCUUCUGCACUCUCAUUCCAAUCAUGCUUCUGUUUUUGAUACCAAAGGAAGCCACAGGGAUAGCAUCAUAACUGACCAUUGAUUUUUCGAACCGACAACUGAAUCGCUACCGAGGAUGGCUAGAUAUUUAUCUUCACCAUUUUAAUCGCUUCAUCAAUUUUGAUACUGCUGAAAUGCAGAUAGACAAAUACAGAUAGUCACACAGAAAUUCAUAGAAAUAUAGGUUCUUUUGAGUCAUAUGAUUCUCAGUUUACAUCUUGGAUAUUGUCUUCUGAUAUUUACAAAAGAAUCUGUUGUAUAAAUAGUUUUGGUUGAUUGAUUAUAUACACAACAAUGUAUGUAACAGUCUAAUCUAUUAUUGAAAGAAAGAUUCUGGAGCAUUCAUUUUUGCCUAAAAGAAAAUGAAAAAGGACGUGUGGGUGAGAAGCUUUAAAGUUCAAACUUGAACUGGAUCAAAGAGCUGAAUGACAGAUUUCAGCUGAUCCACAGCUCCUCCAAAGUAGUGCUUCAUCCUUUGACUGUUCACCUUAAAGGGCUCUUUAACAUUUUCAUCCAUGAUCUCAAUGACACUAUGGUGAAAUACUUGAGUGACCACAUAAGGACCAGACCAUCUACAUUUCAGCUAACCUAAAAAUAGCUUCAAGUGGGAUUUAAAAAGCAACACUUGCUGUCCUGGCUCGAAGCUCAUUUCGAAAAUUUUCUUGUCAUGCCAUUUCUUUGUCUUAUCCGUUUAAAGCCUGGAACUUUCAUAAGCUUGUAAUCUGAAUUCAUCAAGCUCAUUGAGUUGUAAUAAUCUCUUCUUACCUGCUGCAUUUACAUUGAAGUUCUGUUUUUUUAUGGCCAAAAAAGCUAUAUGUUCCAGCUCGACUGGCAGACGACAAUUUUUUUUAAAUAGCAACUGGUACCGUAACAUUCCUAUAGGAGUUUUGAAAGCAGUUCUUAGAACCUGAUUGCAUCAUCUAACCUUUUGAACCAAUCUUUCCGUGGGGAUUCAUCGUUUUUUCUAAAAUCCUCUUGAUUUUCCUAUUUGAAAUCUUUACUUGGCCACUUGUCCUUAGGUGGUAGCCAUAGCAACCUUGUGGCUAACCUCAUAUUUUGCCAAAAGAGCAACAAGUAUUUUUUGCAGAAAUGGGUCCGCUCGUCACUAAUGACGGCCCUAGGAGCAAAGUUAUUAAUUCCGUAUUGGAUAAUAU